AGAAUACUACUCCAUAUCCUUCCGUUUGAUCUUACCUCUUCUUUCUUAAUUUGUUGUUUCAAAAAUGGGACGUAAGGCUUCAAGAAUCAUCCCUCAGAACAAGCAGCCCAUUGGCAAGAGGCUGAAAUCGGAGACUGAACUUGCAGCUCAGUUACAAGAAGCUGUCAAGCCCCUCCAACUUCUGAACAUGAUCGACACGACCGAAUUCACACCCUUGGGACUGACAGUUGAAUGCUACAUUCGUCGGACUCGGGUGUUCUUGAGCAUUUCUUCAGACCCCAUAGUGCUGAAGGAGACUGCUCUGGCCGCUGCCCGAGCCGGUGUAUAUGAUCUCUCUAUACCUGCACAACAUGCCGGAUGGAAGUUAAGCCCACUCGAUAUUCUUAAGAUUUCUGAAUGGAUGAAAUCGCCUGAUGGAGAAAACCACAUGCGCCUAAUUUACAAGAGGCGGAAGCUAGAGAAGAAGGUGCGAUCAGAGAUGUAUAAGAAGGAAGCUGCACUAGUUCAGGCAGCCUAUUCUAUUGAGCCACACCUGGGUCAGCUCCUCUCGAUACAACUCCAAGAAUAUAGAGCUGAGGUGAAGAAGAUAAGGAGCGACUACGACAAGAAGAUAGAUCGCUUACACCGUGAGAUUCAAAGGCUAGAAUCUCUCAAGGCCCGUGAAUUAUUGAAAGAAAAUUGA